CGAACAUCCGAGUCGACUUAACACCUUUUGAUCAAGGCUUUAACGUGUCGUUGUUACCAUAGAAUAUAGAUGAUAGAGCGCAUUUUAUAUCACUGGAUAUAGACACGUGGUUAAACUUAAUUGGGUUGUUAGUUAAGUUGUUGUGCUACCUCCAAGUGACUUUAUCAUAUACUCUGUGUGUUUCUGGUAGUAAAAAAAGGUCUAAAACCAUAGUGUUAAGCAAAAGAGAAAAAGAAGAGCAGAGCAAAAUCCCUAAAAUUUUAAACUCUGUUUUGCUUUCCGACAAUCAAACCCUAGGGGUUGCUAAAGGGAAAGGAGAGAGAUGGGUGGUGAAGAGGAAGUUGUUUCUGUUGAGCUACCAGCACCUUCUUCAUGGAAGAAAUUGUUUUACCCCAACAAAGUGGGUUCAGUGAAGAAAACAGAGGUUGUGUUUGUGGCUCCAACGGGUGAGGAGAUUAGUAACAGAAAGCAGCUGGAGCAGUAUCUCAAAUCGCACCCUGGAAACCCCGCGAUCGCAGAGUUUGAUUGGACGACUAGUGGGACACCUAGGAGAUCUGCAAGAAUCAGUGAGAAGACUAAGGCUACGCCGUCACCAGAUAAAGAGCCACCCAAGAAGCGAGGUAGAACCAAAUCUCCAGUGUCAAAGAAAGAUGCAGAAGGUGAGAAAUCAGAGGGAGGAGGAGAGGAAAACUCUCAUGUGAAAGAUACUGAAAUGAAUCCUCCAGAGGGAAUCGCCGAGAAUGAAAAUGUGACCGAUAAGAAUGGCUCCGGUGAAACUGAGAGGGUGAAUGAUGCAAAAGAAAACAUUGUUGCUGAGGAAACUCCAAAUGCGGCUCCAGUUCAAGAAGAGGGUGAGUCGAUGAAGGAGAAAGCUCUGGAUUCUGUUGAUGAUAAGAGUAAGGAGACUGACAAAGAAAAAGAUACUGGCUCAAUCGAAAAGAACUCGGUAGAUGUAGAGAAGAAGACCGUUGAAGCUAGUGAUGAGAAGAAGAAUUCUGAAGCUGAGACCAGAAACCAUGAAGAAAAUGGUCUGACCACAGAAGCUGAGGGGAAAGAGAAAACAGCAGAAGGAGAAGCUACCGGAUAGCCCUGUUCUGCUCUGCUUCUGUUAGCUCAUGAAACUGUAAGUCAGUUGUUUCUAUCAAUCUAUUGAAGUAUAUGGUUUCCUUUUUGCUUCCUACUCGGAGCAUUAUCGCGGUGAAAGGUGUUGUUAGGCUGAGAUAUGUAUUAUGAGAUAUGUGCAAGUUCUGUUUGGUUGUAAGGUUAUGUAGAGGAUAUAUUAUUGACUCUUCUCUAAAACCAUUGCAAUCACUAGGUUUGAUGUUUUAUCUUUCUGCUACAAUCUUUAGUCAUUUUCGUAUGGAUGGACAAUCAAGUUAUGAACAAGUCAGAUUAAAGAUCCACACAUAGAUUAAU